AUGCCCAUGGGUAAGUGCAAGAGAGAUAGCGCCUACCCUGCGCGAACCAGUGUUGACCUCUUCCUCGACAUCGAGGCCUCUGUUGCUGCAGAUGAAGAGGAUGAUGGGGAACUCGACGAAUUCAAACAAGUCUCUGACAGUGAGGAAGACACACCAGAAGAACUGGAGACCAACCACCACCGCCUCCAGCGUGAACUUGAAGACUUGCAUGUGGAUGAGUCACACUGGGCCUCAUUCGUGGCGCGCGCUUGCCAUAGGGCGGACACUCUCGACCCAGCUCUGACCCAUGGAGCACCUAGCAAAAAGGAUAUGCUUUGGGAGAUUGGGUGUAAGCUUGGGCAUGAGGAAGCAGCUGUACUUUCUAUCUUGCGAUGUGCCACCCAUCCCACAAUGCCCCACAGGAGUGCACUUUCAGCCUUCUGCAUUCCCCACCUCCCUGGAAGAGUGUAUGUGGAAGUCAUGGACAUCAAGGCGGCCUGA